GACAGUGACACUGACGCUAGCAAUUUACUAUUCUUCUCCGUCUCCAGCCCUAAAAAUCAUUAAGUCACCACUCAUCUCUUUCCCUCUGUGAUCGGUUGGGACUAUCGAUCAAGCACACGGCGUCGCUUCCCUCAAAAAUCCCUUCCAGUAUGAGCGGCCCCUCAUGGUUGGUUGAUAGUAAAAGGAUUGCUACAAAGAUAAAAAAUGCAUCUGAAGCAUUGGAUCCAAGCAGAGCCAUUUGGAAAAGCAAUCCAACUAAAGUUUGUCCUAGAUGUAACCACACAAUAGAUAAUAGCGAUAUUGUCCAGGAGUGGCCAGGAUUGCCUAAAGGUGUGAAGUUUGAUCCAUCUGAUCAAGAGUUGAUAUCACAUUUGUUAGCAAAAGUUAAGACAGGUGAUGCAAUACCUCAUCCUUUUAUUAAUGAAUUCAUUCCAACUGUUGAAGAGGAAGAAGGAAUUUGUUACGCUCACCCACAGAAAUUACCAGGUGUCAAAAAAGAUGGGAGUGCAUCUCACUUUUUCCAUAGGACUUUCAAAGCAUAUAAUACUGGGACUAGAAAGAGACGAAAGAUAAGCACUUAUGGCAAUGGAGAUGUGCGCUGGCACAAGACUGGGAAGACCAAACCUGUAAUUGUUGAUGGGAGACAUCUUGGGUGUAAAAAAAUAAUGGUCUUGUAUAUGAGCACAAUGAAGGGGGAGAAACCUGAGAAAACAAAUUGGGUAAUGCACCAAUACCACCUAGGCACAGGGGAGGAUGAGAAGGAUGGUGAAUAUGUUGUGUCCAAAAUAUUCUAUCAGCAGCAACAGGAGCAAACCAAGGCAGGCGAUAGAAAAGGGCCAGACUUUGUUGAUGCUGAGUCAGACCAUUCUCCCGGCAUACAAUCAGUAUCAUCUCCACAGAUUGCUGAUAAGCAAGAGAAUUUUGACAUGCUUGAACCUGAACCGUCACUUGCUCAUCAGUUGAGUGUUAACUCUGGUGAUGAAGAACAUCAGGUGCUUCUUGAGGACAAUAAAUUUGAACAAGUUGAACAAGUUGACCAUCCUACAGGAGCUACAAAAUGGUGGGAAAGUGAAUCACAGUACCUGUUGAAUUCACAGCAGUUGGCAGAGAAUAUUGCUAUUUGUGAGGAGUUCCUCCAAAGCCAAUCUUCUUGUGCUGAUGAAACAGCCAAAAAAAGCACACAUUGCCUAUCUGAUUACGUGCACAUUGGCGCUGAAGCUUUGAAAAAGGAUUUGGAAGAAUGCCAAACUCUAGAAGCUGCAGGGCAUCCUAACAUUGAACAUGAUACACCUCCAGAUCUUCGGCUGAGCCAACUUGAAUUUGGAUCGCAAGAUAGCUUUUCCUGGGCGUUUAACAAAGUUGCAGAUUGAUUGUCUUCCAACACUUUUUGACAGAUCCAACAAUCUGCCAUAUAUAAUAGUGAGGAUCUAUUUUGGAAUUGGCCUAAUUUAUCCUCGGUCUGAUAAGCAUUGUAUUUAUGGAUCACGCAAAAGCAAGUCUGUUUUGCAAAAUUCAAGGCUAGACCAUCCAAUUUAUAUUUCGGUCGACCGUAUGUAAGUUACAGGUAACUUUUGCAAUGAUAGGAUACUCGACAUAAAAAUUGACUGACUUUUGGUCUA